AUGCCGGCGCCAGCAACUACUAUGUACGAUGCGCCUCUAAAGCCACACCGCCAAAUGUCGAUCGCCGCGACGGUGGCGAGGCGGCGACGUUCGAAGAGCCAUUCGUCAACUCCUUCUGCGACCUCUGGUACUGCUGGGAUGCUUCUGCCAUGCCAUGGUGACACGUGGAGUGCAUCUCCCCCAUUCUGCCCGCAUGUCUCCCAUUCCGCCAAACUACCCUUUUCCGCUCUUACCCAUAUUCUCCGCCAUCCCAUCCGCCUGCAUGUCUGGUCCCCCAAGCGCCCCCACCCGCCAUCCCACCCCCCUGCCUGUCUGUCUUUCCCCCAUGCGCGCGGCAGCAUGGCGGUGCGGGCAGCAAGGCGCGCUGACGGCGGCGCUGCUGGCGGUGGUGGCUGUGGCGGGCUGCGUGGCCUUCCUGCACCUCGCCUCGCACCGCCGCAUGGACUCGUUGAUGCAGGUACGGCCCCUCCCUUUCACCUCAGCACACUGCACGUGCAAGCGUGCAGUGUGCUCCCAUCCCCUCAUCCCCCCUCAUGUGCUCCCAUCCCCUCAUCCCCCCCCAUGUGCUCCCAUCCCUUGAACCCCCCUCAUGUGCUCCCAUCCCCUCAUCCCCCAUCAUGUGCUCCCAUCCCCUCAUCCCCCCUCAUGUGA